GCUUACGAUGCGCAAAGACAAAAGGCCUCAAAAUGGAAGAAUGGAGUAAUGUAACACGGAGCAACACAACAACGUCACCACUGAACACAACAUUCUAAAUUAGUAAAAAAAAAAAAAAAAAAAAAAAAAAAAUUGCUCUGUGUAAUAUUUAAGGCUCCGAGAAACUUAACCAGUGUUGGUGCUGCAAGCUGUGACAAACAGUUAGUGAUGGACCCAUCAGAGGAGACGGGACCAAACUCGGAUCCUCAGGAUGUCAACCCUUUGUUCAUGCAGCAGCUCAGAGAACUGGACAUUCCUGAAGAGGCAGCCAAACAGGCACUACUGCACACACGGAACGUGUCAGCUGAGGAGGCGGCCAUGUACUACUUCAACAAACUGGAGAAUGAGGAGGAGGGAGACGAGGACCUUAUGUUCAAGAUGGUGUUUGUGGUUAACAUGGACCUCGGGAUGGGUGUUGGAAAGAUUGCAGCCCAGGUGGGUCAUGCUGCUGUGGGUUUGUACCAGGCUCUACAGGAGAAAAACAGCUGGCGGGAGAUGGCUUGGAAGUGGGACCACAGUGGGGCCAAGAAGGUGGUGCUCCAAGGCACCAACGUGGCCCAUCUGCUGGAGCUGCAAGCCCUGUCCUUGAGCCUCAACCUGCCCACUUACCUGGUCCAGGAUGCAGGUCUUACCCAGGUGGAGUCCAGCUCCCGCACGGUCUUGGCCCUCAUGGGAGCUGAGGAGAUGGUGAACAAUGUCACUGGCAGUCUGAAACUGCUUUGAGCUGGGUUUGGAAACAAGUCUGCAGUGGCACAAAACAACCAGGAAGGGGCAGCCUUUCUCAGCAGAAGAAGAACUUUAGUCAAGCAUGAGCUAACACCUUAAAAAAUGCAACACCAGAACACCCCACCACCACCAUUCAUUGUCUCUUUACUUUACCCCUUAGCUGCUUCAUCUGAGGAAGAUAAAUUCAGGAAAGAAUAUUUCCUAGAGACAGCCCACCUAUUGACUAGCAAAACAAAGAUAGUAGAUUUUUUUCCCCCCAAUAUGGAUGAUAAUGUUAACAUCACGUUUUUUAUAUUGUUUCUCUGUACAACUAAUUUUGCCAAGUUCCCUGACUUACAGACUCAUACAUAUCACUUCCUGUGUUAUGGCUGUGUACAUACCUUUUAUGGUCAUGCAAUGUGCCAUUAUCAAAAUAUAGAGCUUGUGAUGUUUUUCUUUUUUUAAAAGAAGAGGGGUGUGUUUCUGACUUAACAUUUAAAGAAGCUAACACCUGGCACCAAAACUCCCACUAUAUGCAUUUUGACUGGAUCUGAAAAAUGCUUCCAUGGAUGAUGUUUUUAAGUUAUUUGAAUAGGUGUAUGUAAUUGUGGCCAUAAUAAAAAAUCAUCACUGAUCUAUAUAGUGUCCCUUUUUACAGUGAAACUGGAAUAAUUAUGAUGCAGUAUUAUCAUUAUGCAUGAGAUACAAAAUGUUACAGUACAAUGUUGUUGGACUUUAGAUUGUGAUAUACUAUCGUUUCCUGAUUUUGCUGUGUUGUGUAAGACUGGUAAUCAUUAAAAUACCUCUACAUUACGA